AUGUUGGCUGCCGCACCCACUGCAUUCGUGGCUGCUGCUGUUAGACAGCGUGGGGUCGCGCAGUACCCGCCUGAGAAGACCGCAGCCGCCGAGGACAUGCGCGCGAACUUCUCGGCUCUAGAAGAAGUCAAUAAUCUGAGGAACGAGUGUAUGCGGCUGGAGAGGGAGCUGUCGGGCGCGCACACGGAUGGUUCGGAAUGCGGGGCCGCAGGCAAGCGGCUGGCGGCGGGGCUGCUCGUGGAGGCGCAUCUCAAAGAACAGACCGCCGAGUGCCACCUGGCACACCAGCACGUGAGGUCAGCCUCAAAGGCCCUGCACCCUUUGGAAGCAGCCCACCAGAAGGCCCUGUUCCAGGCGGCGGCGGCCGCCCAGGAAGAGCCGCCAGAAAAAUAA